AUGCAACUCCUCAAGUACAUCACCCCCCUCCUCUCCCUCCUCCCCAUCAUCCACGCCCUCCCCAGCCCCAGCAGCUGCACCACCGUUGCUCCAGCCAUCGCCCGCGUCUCUGAGGCACAGCCCGUAGCCUCCUACCUCCCGGGCUUCCGCAUCUCCCAACAGACCGGCGCAACAAACAAGGAAGACAUGUUCGCCGAGUUCAAUAUCCCCCCGGGAAGCUGGGGCUGCACGCUCUCCUACUCCUUCCCCGCUGGCAGCGCGGUCACGACCACCGGCGCGGCCCCCGUGGAAAUCUUCUCGGUCAGCGGUCCGCUGAGCCGCUCGCCCCACGGCAUUGAUGUCUCGUGGGCGUACUGCCCGGCGCCCGGGGCUCUGGUCGGCCAGACCACAUUCCACGCGGAUCCGAGCCAGGCGACGACAAGGUUCAUCAAUAGCUUUGGGUGUGCGAAUGCCAUGACUUACCGGUUGAGUAUUGCGGGAUGGUAUAAGCAGGCGACGAGUGUGGAGUUUGCGCAGAGUGCGAGUGCUGGCUUGAGGAUGACUUAUAAUUGUUAA